AUGAUCAAGUGGUUUAGGCCGUCAAUAGAUUUAGUACAAGAUUUUCGUCUCUUGAGAGGGCCUCGUAAAGUUGGUUGCCUGUAUCAUACGCUGAAGGUGAAUCAGAAGGACAGUAAACCUGAGCAAAAGCAGUCCAAAUCUUUGGUCAACGACUUAAUGGACUUGCUGGAAAAGCCCAUCCACAAACGGGAUAUAGAUCAACAUGUGGAAAACAAGCUGACAAUGGUCAAGUCUAUUGAAAGUUUUGAAAAAGACCAUUACCAACGAAUCUUGCGCGAACUGACUUCAGUGUUGCAGCCACUCAAAAUAUCUAGCAAUCAACAUCAACCUAUAUCCGCUUGUCAUUCAUUACUCUUAUCCGAAGUUAAGGCAGUUAACCAGUAUAUACGGAAGCUGAGAAAACAGUCAGAUCUUGUUUUUGUUGCAGAUUAUUUACUUGCGCAUGGACGACUAAACACAACCUUUCUCGCAUCUUUGGUAUUCAAAAUGAACCGAGCCACCCUUAAAAGUUUUAUUAGUACAACAAUCAAUGACUGCAGGUUCACUUCGCUGGACAAAUCAUUGCUCUGCAAAGCUUACGUGAUAUUCUGUUAUCGCUCAAGGCAAUUGCAAAUGAUGACGUUGUCUGAUCACCUUAUAAAACAACAUCUAUCAUCGCUUUGGCUACCUUGUAUCCGCAGUGAACAAUUCACCAAUGCCAAGUAUCUAAGAAACCUUAUGUCAAUUCUGAUGGAAGCUUUAGACGAGAAUGAUUUACUUUCCAUUGUGAAAUCCACCAAAAGCAUGCACAUGGCAUACGUAUUAUGGGAGUUGAAACCAAACAGAUACAGAGAUAUAAAAGAGGCCUUUAUAGGUAGUUCACACCAUCCUAGCUCAAACCGCAAUUUAUCACCACAUCAGAAAUUGAUCCUCUAUCUAUUAUCGAACCCAGGUGUUUAUCAGGACCAUCAGUUGCAGAUCAAACUGAAUGAACUAUCUCGACGGCAUCGACUUUCAUACGGUGAAUGUCUGUCGGAGAACUCAUUUUUAGAAUCCCUAAAAAGUAUCAUUGCAUCCCAAAAUACUGUAUUUUUCGGUUAG